UUAUAGUAUUGAAAAAAUACCAGGAAAAUGACGACUCCCGAAUCAUCUACAGGUAUCGAAAUGCUCAAGACAAUCGACCGAGUGCUGAUCAGAGAGAAGACCGGGACAUAUACUAAUAACAAGUACGUGGUGCUGACGGCUGACGGCACCGUACUCUUGUAUGCCAAGGAGGACUCGGGGAUCCUCAACAGGAUGCUGGUCGGCAAGAGCAGGGCUUUUGAGAUUGACGUCUUCGACACUAGCGAUCUUGAGGUAAUGAAACUGCGUCGCCCUUACACCGUGGGUGCAGACAAGAUGGACGUGAUGCUGUGUGGACUGCCGGCUGCCAUCGUGCGCAAGGAGGUGACCUUCUUCAAGCCCGUGCUGGUGAUCAACGACACCAGCGACCGGCUCGUCAUCAGAGUCAAGGGUCCUGUCUCUAUAUCUGCUGAAUGCAAUUUUGAGUUGUACACGAGCGACAAAAAGCGUAUAGGCGACAUCCGCAAGCGCUGGAGUGGACUGUCGCGCUCAGCGGCCAGCGACCGCGACAGCUUCGCCAUCCGCUUUCCACUCGAGCUCGACGUGCGCUACAAGGCGGCGGUCAUCGCCACGUGCUUCCUCAUCGAUUUCUUGUUCUAUGAAAAUUGAAGAGCAAAACAAAACGCAACCAGCAACGGUUCACUGAAUAGGACUUACAAGAAUCGAUAACAAUAUUAAUCCUGACCUACUUUUUAUUUAGUUGUUUAUUAAGUCUAUAAGAUGAAUUCAA